AUGCGCGGUCUGACGGUGUUCAUAGCUGACCUUCGAAACUGCCGGGCACGGGAACUGGAGGAGAAGAGAGUCAACAAGGAGCUGGCGAAUAUUCGGUCCAAAUUUAAAGAUCCAGCUCUCAGUGGACGGCAAAAGAAGAAAUAUGUCUGCAAGCUGCUGUAUAUGUACAUCUUGGGCUGGGAUGUCGAUUUUGGGCACAUGGAAGCUGUCAACCUGCUGUCAUCGCCAAAGUACUCCGAGAAACAAAUAGGAUAUCUUGCCGUAACGUUGAUGAUCACGGAAACGAACGAACUUGUCCGCUUAGUUGUGAACUCGAUGCGGAAGGACCUGGACGAUCAUGUCGAAUUGCACCAAUGUUUAGCUUUGCAGGCCAUCGCAAAUAUAGCUGCCAGGGAGAUGGCGGAAGGGUUAGCAAACGACGUAAUGCGUCUUUUGACAGUAGCGCACACGAAGAGUUUUGUGAAGAAGAAGGCAGCUCUUUGCCUGUUACGCUUGUUCCGGAAGCAUCCGGAUUUGAUUCCUGCGAAGGAAUGGGCAGAGAAGAUUUUGAUAACGAUGGAGGAGAAUGACAUGGGAGUGCUAUUGUCACUCAGUAGCUUGGUUCUGGCUAUUGCUCAGUCAUAUCCAGAAGCAAUUUCUGGAUGCGUGCCUAGAGCGAUCAAUCGGAUGCAUAAGGUUGUCAUCGAGAGGCAGUACAGUCCGGACUAUGUGUAUUACAAAGUUCCAGUGCCGUGGUUGCAAGUCAAACUUUUGCGGCUGCUGCAAUACUACCCUCCGCCAGACGACACCGCCUUGCGAAACAAGCUUCUGAAUGUUUUGCAGACCAUCAUAAAGAACUCGCAAGACAUCCCAAAGAAUGUGCAACACAACAACGCGCAGAACGCCGUGCUCUUCGAAGCCAUCAAUGUUGCCAUUCACAUCAACCCGGAAUCAGACUUGGUCGUUCAGGCCUCGGCGCUUCUUGGCCGCUUCAUCUCGUCCAAAGAAACCAAUAUUCGGUACCUCGGUCUCGAAACAAUGGCGCAUUUAGCAGGAUUUGCGGAAACGGUCCACACAGCAAAGAAACACCAAGAGACGAUCAUUCAAUCUCUGAAGGAUAAAGACAUUAGUGUCAGGAGGAGAGCUCUCGAUUUGCUGUACAGCAUGUGCGACACCAGCAACGCACGUGUCAUCGUAACGGAACUGCUGCAGUUCUUGUCAGUUGCAGACUAUGCAAUGCGUGAAGAGCUGGUGCUGAAGAUUGCCAUCCUGACGGAGAAGUUCACUACCGACUACAAUUGGUAUGUGGACGUCAAUCUACAGCUCAUCACCCUCGCUGGAGACAAUGUCAGCGAUGAAGUAUGGUACCGGGUCGUGCAAAUCGUCACAAACAACGAAGAUCUGCAAGAGUAUGCUGUGCGGACCUGUCUGAAUGCUCUGAAAUCGCCGACGUGUCACGAGACAGCUUUGAAAGUUGGAGGGUACAUCCUGGGAGAGUUCGGCCAUCUCAUUGCCAAUUCACCUGGUGGCACCCCGAUGGAGCAAUUCAUGGCACUGCACUCCAAAUUUAGCAUGUGCUCAGUAGGCACUCGUGCUAUGCUGCUCUCGACGUAUCUCAAAUUCAUCAACGUCUUCCCGGAGAUCAAAGAGCAGAUUAUUGGCGUCUUCAAGCAAUAUCGGUUCGUAUUGGAUGUGGAGCUCCAGCAACGAGCGUGCGAGUACCUUGCCAUUGCCACACUUCCAACCGACGACUUGCUACAAGUAGCGUGCGAGGAAAUGCCGGCCUUCCCGGAACGGGAGUCUGCUUUACUGAGCAGGCUGCAUAAGAAGACGCAAGAUACGGAAGAUAGAAGAACAUGGCAGAUUGGGGGAUUGGACGCGAAUAAGGAUCAACUGGCUGUGAAGAAGGACAACCGCAGACGGUCAGCUGUUGAAGCUGGUCACGUCACUGCACCAGCUGCGACUACCACGCAGCCAACCAACGUCAUGGGCGAGCUGCUGAAUCUUGGCGGAAGUGCCACAGAAGCCUCAAACAUGCAACACCAGCGAAACGAACCGGUCGGCGUGAGUCAGGACCGCUUCAUCCACUUGACCCAAGAAGCCAGUGGUGUCCUGUACGAGGACUCGAAUAUCCAAAUUGGACUCAAGACAGAGUAUCACGGCGCUUUGGGUCGUGUCGCCGUCUUCUUUGGUAACAAGUCUAUGGCUACAAUAUCCGAUUUGAACACGGAGUUGAAGGGUGGAGAUGGAGUGCGAGUGUCGUUGUCUCAGCCCAUUGCGAGCGUUAUACCGCCAGCGACCCAACUGCAUCAGAUGUAUAAUGUCGAAUGUGUAUCACCAGCCGGCCUCUCAGCCCACCUCCGCGUGACAUACAACCUCACACCGUCCAACGCCUUCAACAACGCCCAUCACGCAGCCCUCGACCUGCGUCUGCCGAUCGUACCCACCAAAUUCCUCACACCAGUCCAACUCCCGCGCCAAGACUUCAUCACCCGAUGGCAACAGAUUGGAACCACACGCGAGCAGCAGCAUAUAUCGCGCACGUCGGCGUCGAAUGAAACGGUCAGGAAAGUGAUCGGAGAGGCGCUGGGAUUCGCGAUCCUCGAUGAGUUUGAUAACGCGCAGCAAGCGCAAGGGACCGAUGCGGUUGUUGCGGCUGCGGUAUUCAAUGCCGCCGAUAUGAAGGUUGGGUGCUUGUUGAGGGUGGAGACUAAUGAAACGCAGAAGAUGUUCCGGAUAACAUUACGGACGACGAACGAGGUCGUUUCUGAAGAGCUCGCAACUCAGUUGAAGGAAGUGUUCGAGUCCUUGUAA